AUGAAGUCAAAUGUUGCCUUGAAGCAAACGAUCAAUGCAGAGACACCCACUACCUCCCUCGUGAAGGACAGCAACGCCAAAGGAAACGAAGAAACAACAGGUCGGCAGAACCCUCCAGACACCCGCACAGAAAUACAAGAGAAACUUAAGGAUCUGAAGAGCUCCAAGACUGAUUUCUGCGCCUUGCAGGAUAUUGAAGACAACAAUGAGCAACCUGCCGAAGAUUGGCUCCCAGAAUACUUGCCGCAAAAUGUUAUCCCUCCGCACUUGGAACACAACACAACCUUUUCAUCUAGAGGAACGCGGACCAGCAAGGCAAGCAUUCUUCAGAAGCAAAAAACAAUCAGAAAAACAAAGAUCGUGUGUACCAUGGGCCCCGCCUGCUGGAGCGAAGAGGUCAUCGGUAAGCUGCUCGACGCAGGGCUCAACAUCGCAAGGUUCAACUUCUCGCAUGGGUCCCACGAGGGCCACCUGGAGGUGCUCGAGCGCUUCCGAGGCGUGUGCGCCUCCAAGGGCAGCCAUGCGGCGGUGCUGCUAGACACCAAAGGGCCGGAGAUCAGGACGGCGAUGCUGCGGGAGCACAAGCCGAUCCUGCUGACCAAGGGGCAGGAGAUCAUCGUGGAGGCAGUAGGGGACGAGUACAGCAGCUGGGAGGGCUACAAGGACGAGUCGGAGACGCGGAUAGGACUGUCGUACGCGAAGCUGUGCCAGAGCGUGAGGCCGGGCAACAGGAUUCUGCUUGCGGACGGAUCGAUCGUGAUUGAGGUCGCGGAGAUACGGAGCGAGCGGGAGCUCAGGGGCGUGGUGCUCAACGAGAAAGAGCUCGGGGAGCGGAAGAACUGCAACCUGCCCGGAGUGAAGGUCGACAUCCCCGUGCUGACGGCAAAGGACAUCGACGACGUGCAGAACUUCUGCGCGAAGCACAAGAUGGACUUUGUUGCCGCCUCGUUUGUGCAGACCGGGGAGGACGUGAAGCUGAUCCGGAGAACGCUGGACGAGGCGGGAGGGCAGGAUGUGAAGAUCAUCAGCAAGAUCGAGAACGAGGCGGGGCUUGAGAACAUCGACGACAUCAUCCGGGAGACAGACGGAGUGAUGGUAGCGAGGGGCGAUCUCGGGAUGGAGAUCCCGUCGGAGAAAGUAGCGCUUGCCCAGAAGAUGAUCAUCACGAAGUGCAACAUUGCUGGGAAGUUUGUGAUCACAGCGACUCAGAUGCUGGAGAGCAUGGUGAAGAAUCCGCUACCGACACGGGCGGAGAUGACGGACGUAGCGAACGCGGUGUUUGACGGGACGGACUGUGUGAUGCUAUCAGGAGAGACAGCCAACGGGAGCUUUCCGGACACAGCGGUGGAGACGAUGGCGUCGAUUGUAGCCAAUGCUGAGCUUGGAAUUGAUUACUAUUCGCAAUAUGGGUUUAUCAAGCAGCUUAAUUUUUUGUCCUCCAAAGGUUUGUCCAUUGACGAGUCAAUUUUGGCCUCCGUUUCCAAAAGUGCAAUUGAAUUCUCUGAAGAUUUAGACGGGAAUGGAGUUAUUGAUUCCGACGAGGUAGCGGUUGUGAUUGUUUUUACUGCAAGUGGUCGAUCUGCCGAUAUUGUCUCCAAAUAUCGUCCUUCGGGACCAGUCCUCGUUGUAUCAGACAAAGAUGAAGUGAUCAAGAAGACAAAUUGUCGAUUUGGUCAACACGGAUACAAAAUAGAAUCUCUGCAAAUUGGAUCUCUUACUUUGAAAGAAAAGAUGAAGCUUGUUUUGGACGAAGUGGUACGGCGCGGAUAUCAAGACGGAUUCAUAGUUCCAGAAAAACACGUUCUGGCAGUCUGUGGUGUCCACGAAGUAUCUGCAGAUCAGACUGCAAAUGUGUCAUAUGUCGAAGGCCAAUCGGAAAAACGAAAUCCUCUUUUAUAUCUGAAUCCAGGAAAGCUGGGAUAUAUUCAAUCCCUGAUCACCACUAGAAUACACAAGGAUUUGCUUGUUAAGAAAGCCCAGAACCGAAGGGCAACAAAGAUCGUGUGUACCAUGGGCCCCGCCUGCUGGAGCGAAGAGGUCAUCGGUAAGCUGCUCGACGCAGGGCUCAACAUCGCAAGGUUCAACUUCUCGCAUGGGUCCCACGAGGGCCACCUGGAGGUGCUCGAGCGCUUCCGAGGCGUGUGCGCCUCCAAGGGCAGCCAUGCGGCGGUGCUGCUAGACACCAAAGGGCCGGAGAUCAGGACGGCGAUGCUGCGGGAGCACAAGCCGAUCCUGCUGACCAAGGGGCAGGAGAUCAUCGUGGAGGCAGUAGGGGACGAGUACAGCAGCUGGGAGGGCUACAAGGACGAGUCGGAGACGCGGAUAGGACUGUCGUACGCGAAGCUGUGCCAGAGCGUGAGGCCGGGCAACAGGAUUCUGCUUGCGGACGGAUCGAUCGUGAUUGAGGUCGCGGAGAUACGGAGCGAGCGGGAGCUCAGGGGCGUGGUGCUCAACGAGAAAGAGCUCGGGGAGCGGAAGAACUGCAACCUGCCCGGAGUGAAGGUCGACAUCCCCGUGCUGACGGCAAAGGACAUCGACGACGUGCAGAACUUCUGCGCGAAGCACAAGAUGGACUUUAUCGCCGCCUCGUUUGUGCAGACCGGGGAGGACGUGAAGCUGAUCCGGAGAACGCUGGACGAGGCGGGAGGGCAGGAUGUGAAGAUCAUCAGCAAGAUCGAGAACGAGGCGGGGCUUGAGAACAUCGACGACAUCAUCCGGGAGACAGACGGAGUGAUGGUAGCGAGGGGCGAUCUCGGGAUGGAGAUCCCGUCGGAGAAAGUAGCGCUUGCCCAGAAGAUGAUCAUCACGAAGUGCAACAUUGCUGGGAAGUUUGUGAUCACAGCGACUCAGAUGCUGGAGAGCAUGGUGAAGAAUCCGCUACCGACACGGGCGGAGAUGACGGACGUAGCGAACGCGGUGUUUGACGGGACGGACUGUGUGAUGCUAUCAGGAGAGACAGCCAACGGGAGCUUUCCGGAUACUGCAGUUUCGAUCAUGAGUGCUAUCGUUGUCAAUGCUGAAAGGGGAAUAGACAAACCGGACGUGUACAAUUUUAUUCGCAAUUGGACACCAAAACCAAUGAGCUUCAGAGAAACCAUUACUUCCUCUGCCAUUCAAGCUUCUUUCGAUAUGCGUGCGGCUCUGAUAGUUGUAAUUACAAAUGAUGCCCGUACUGCGAGUCUGAUUUCAAAAUGGAAGCCGUUCUCGCCAGUCAUCGUUGUCACUUCAUCGAAGUCGCUAACAAAGUCGUGCAGCAGUAGGUACGGCCUCCAUCCUUUUUACAUGGAAGAAAUACCAUCUAUGCAAGAAACGAUGCGACUCGUUGUUGACUUUGCAAAGCAAAAACAGCUGGCUAAAUUCGAAAACAAGGAAUUGGAAAAUGGUCAGAUCGUAGUCGUUUCGGGUAGAAACAUGAACCUAACUGGCACUUUGUUACAACUGACUACUUAUCUGUUUGGCGAAGAGGCGAAAAACCUUGAAGAGAAUCAUGGCUACGAGGGAAAACACACAUUUACCUUCAAAUCAACAAAAAUUGGACUUGACUUGGUAUGUGAACCAGUUUUUUCAGUGCGCAAAACAAAGAUCGUGUGUACCAUGGGCCCCGCCUGCUGGAGCGAAGAGGUCAUCGGUAAGCUGCUCGACGCAGGGCUCAACAUCGCAAGGUUCAACUUCUCGCAUGGGUCCCACGAGGGCCACCUGGAGGUGCUCGAGCGCUUCCGAGGCGUGUGCGCCUCCAAGGGCAGCCAUGCGGCGGUGCUGCUAGACACCAAAGGGCCGGAGAUCAGGACGGCGAUGCUGCGGGAGCACAAGCCGAUCCUGCUGACCAAGGGGCAGGAGAUCAUCGUGGAGGCAGUAGGGGACGAGUACAGCAGCUGGGAGGGCUACAAGGACGAGUCGGAGACGCGGAUAGGACUGUCGUACGCGAAGCUGUGCCAGAGCAUACGGAGCGAGCGGGGAGCUCAGGGCGUGGUGCUCAACGAGAAAGAGCUCGGGGAGCGGAGACUGCAACCUGCGGGGAGGGGGAGGGUGGACAUCCCCGUGCUGACGGCAAAGGACAUCGACGACGUGCAGAACUUCUGCGCGAAGCACAAGAUGGACUUUGUUGCCGCCUCGUUUGUGCAGACCGGGGAGGACGUGAAGCUGAUCCGGAGAACGCUGGACGAGGCGGGAGGGCAGGAUGUGAAGAUCAUCAGCAAGAUCGAGAACGAGGCGGGGCUUGAGAACAUCGACGACAUCAUCCGGGAGACAGACGGAGUGAUGGUAGCGAGGGGCGAUCUCGGGAUGGAGAUCCCGUCGGAGAAAGUAGCGCUUGCCCAGAAGAUGAUCAUCACGAAGUGCAACAUUGCUGGGAAGUUUGUGAUCACAGCGACUCAGAUGCUGGAGAGCAUGGUGAAGAAUCCGCUACCGACACGGGCGGAGAUGACGGACGUAGCGAAUGCGGUGUUUGACGGGACGGACUGUGUGAUGCUAUCAGGAGAGACAGCCAACGGGAGCUUUCCGGACACAGCGGUGGAGACGAUGGCGUCGAUCGUAGCCAAUGCUGAGAUUGGAGUGAAUUACCCUCAAGUCUUUUCAAGUCUUCGAGAUUUCACUCCGAAGCCAAUGGGAUUUAUGGAAUCUAUGUUAUGCUGUGCUGCUAAGAAUGCUGUUGAUUGCUACGCUGGUUUGAUUGUUUUGUUUUCAAAGACUGGACGAGCGGCAAGGCUUGUUUCGAAGUAUCAUCCUUUUGUUCCGGUGGUGGUGAUUUCAGACAAUGAAAGGGUUACAAAGCAGCUCAAUGCAUCUUUCUCACUUUUGCCAUAUCCAGUUACUGAAAUUCCUCAAGAACCCGACCAAAUCUCAAGAAUGAUGCUGGACGUCAUCGAUUGGGCAGUAGACAAGCAGAUAUGCUUGUCCGAUUCUAAAGUAAUCAUUGUAAAAGGUGCACAUGAAGCGGAUGCAGAUAUCCAACCAACGAUUCUCCUUCACAAUGCUGACAAUUCUGGAAGACAUUUCAUCCGAAGGAGGACAUCUCUUCAGCAUAAGCCAUUCCAUGUGGUACCAACACAUAGCGUCGAGAAAACAACCUCUAUAAGGUGUAACAGCAUAUCCCUUGAUCAGAUAACAAGCAAGUAUCAACCUCCAAGGAAGACAAAGAUCGUGUGUACCAUGGGCCCCGCCUGCUGGAGCGAAGAGGUCAUCGGUAAGCUGCUCGACGCAGGGCUCAACAUCGCAAGGUUCAACUUCUCGCAUGGGUCCCACGAGGGCCACCUGGAGGUGCUCGAGCGCUUCCGAGGCGUGUGCGCCUCCAAGGGCAGCCAUGCGGCGGUGCUGCUAGACACCAAAGGGCCGGAGAUCAGGACGGCGAUGCUGCGGGAGCACAAGCCGAUCCUGCUGACCAAGGGGCAGGAGAUCAUCGUGGAGGCAGUAGGGGACGAGUACAGCAGCUGGGAGGGCUACAAGGACGAGUCGGAGACGCGGAUAGGACUGUCGUACGCGAAGCUGUGCCAGAGCGUGAGGCCGGGCAACAGGAUUCUGCUUGCGGACGGAUCGAUCGUGAUUGAGGUCGCGGAGAUACGGAGCGAGCGGGAGCUCAGGGGCGUGGUGCUCAACGAGAAAGAGCUCGGGGAGCGGAAGAACUGCAACCUGCCCGGAGUGAAGGUCGACAUCCCCGUGCUGACGGCAAAGGACAUCGACGACGUGCAGAACUUCUGCGCGAAGCACAAGAUGGACUUUAUCGCCGCCUCGUUUGUGCAGACCGGGGAGGACGUGAAGCUGAUCCGGAGAACGCUGGACGAGGCGGGAGGGCAGGAUGUGAAGAUCAUCAGCAAGAUCGAGAACGAGGCGGGGCUUGAGAACAUCGACGACAUCAUCCGGGAGACAGACGGAGUGAUGGUAGCGAGGGGCGAUCUCGGGAUGGAGAUCCCGUCGGAGAAAGUAGCGCUUGCCCAGAAGAUGAUCAUCACGAAGUGCAACAUUGCUGGGAAGUUUGUGAUCACAGCGACUCAGAUGCUGGAGAGCAUGGUGAAGAAUCCGCUACCGACACGGGCGGAGAUGACGGACGUAGCGAACGCGGUGUUUGACGGGACGGACUGUGUGAUGCUAUCAGGAGAGACAGCCAACGGGAGCUUUCCGGACACAGCGGUGGAGACGAUGGCGUCGAUCGUAGCCAAUGCUGAGUUGGUCAACAAUUUCUACGCCAUCUUUGCUUUCAUCCGAGAUUUCACUCCCAAGCCAUUCUCCACCAAGGAGUCAGCGGCUUCCAGCGCAGCACAAGCUUGCAUUGAUGGUCAUGCAGACCUUGUGAUCGUCUUAAGCAAGUCCGCGGAGAGCGCAAACCUAGUCUGCAAGUAUCGCCCUAGUGCGCCUGUGCUGGUUGUGUCUGCGGACGAGAAGAUUGUCCGGGGAUCGUGCUCGCAGUUUGCCCAGUACGGGUUGUUGAAGAACGUCAAGGACAUGUCGCUGGAGGACUUCAAGAAGUCCGGGGCUCUAGAGGAAGCACUUGCCUAUGCUCGCGAGAGGAAGUUGAUAGGAGACAAGAGCAAGGGGGUCGUGCUGGUGGCAGAGCAGAGCGAAAAGCAUCUGAUCGUCUCUCAUGUUUGA